AUGCUGAAACAGAAGGCGUUGAUCGAUGUGCUCGGGCAGGUGAACACGGGCGGCGUCGACGGAUCGUGGCUGUUCAACAAGGAGGGACUGCUUCUGGCGUACGUGGGAAGCGAGCAGAAGACGGUCGCCUCGAACGUCUCCUCCGCACUGCUCGCCAGUGUUUGGGCGGCUCUUGAGAGAAGAGGAUGUGGGUGACCAUAGGAUUUCUGAAAUUUCAAGCCAAAAACGGGCGGGAUUCGUUCAGUUGUCAACUGAAAAUUAGGGAAUUUCAAAAAUCGCUUUUUCAGCGGGCGAACUGCGAGAGACGAUGCUCGUGCUCGAAGACGGCGUCAUCGCGUGCACAAUCGUCGCCCGAACCAUGCUUCUCGCCAUUAAAGUAAUCAAUAGCUCAGUUCCCAUUUAAUAACAAAUCUCUGCAGGCGAACAAGAAGGCGGAACUCGGAAUGAUUCGCGCGAAACUGAACUCGCUCUCCGCCUACCUCGAGCAGCCGAUUCUCUCGAUUUCGCACGAACUCUGA